AUGCCGUCUCGCGACGGCAAUGGCGACCACGAGCAGAGCAAGUUGUAUGCGUCGGGCCGCUGGCUCUACAACGGUGCCCUUCGCCACCCCGAGCGCAGACGCAUCUUCAACGUCGGCGAGCUGAAGCGGCUUGCCGCCGAGUCGGUCGAUCGCAGUCGCAGCUAUUCGCCUGCAUCCGACAACCCUGCCCAGACUGGCUAUUCGCCUGCACCCGGCAACCCUGCCCAGACUAAGUACAUCUCCAUGGAGUUUGUCAAGGACGCCAACCUGAGUGACACGUGGUUUGACCUUGACGAGACCCAAGUCGCGUCACUCACGCGCCAGCUUGCCCAACUCGAGUUCAAAAUGAUUUCGCUCGCUAGGUCCGGAGCCCCACUUCACCACGACAAGCGCUUCUGUUAUAGCCGCAGAUCACAGCUUAAUGUCAAACGAGAGCCAUACGCAAACGCCAAGACCGCUCUCACGAGAGGAGCUGAAAAGGAAUUGGCCCGUUAUCUCGUCAUGGCGUCUUCUUUUUGCAUCCGCCACCCCGACCUGCAGCCUAACAACAUCAUUGUUUCUCUGUCGCCUGGCUCGGGCCUUGAAGUUGCUGGCUUGAUUGAUUGGCAGCAUUCCUUAGUCCUCCCCCUCUUCCCUCAAGCUGGAUCCCGAUCGAGGGUGCAGCCAGAUGGAUAUAUACCGUCGACGCCUCCUCCACUAUCACUAGAAAACACAGAGCGGUACAACAAACCACACUACCUGGGGUUGAUAGACGCCGCCGGGAAAGGCGAAACCAUCGCACUGAAAGCUGCACUGGUGCAGGCAACCGAGAACUGGGAGACGCUCGUGGGCCCGGGGCCGAGGUCGAGUGCUACGGCGUGCCCUAUCAAGUUCGACCCUGAAGACAUAAGUAAGACAUUGGAGCUGCAAAGCCGACCGACUGAAUCUGACUGCUCGCUAAAGGCGUGCCGCGAAAUGAUUGGUUUCGGAUCUGACGGGUGGGUACCCAACACACAUUUCGAGCAGGCCAUGGCGCAGGCCAAGAAGCUGAAGGAGGGCUGCAUAGCCGCGGCCGAGACCGACGAGGAGCGAGCCUAG